GAUAACGAUCUCCCAGUAUAAAAGAAGUAGCGUCACUUGUCAGCCAACAGUGUACAGUACUUUGUGGAUUCAGCAUGGGAUCGGUCACGUUGCUCUUGGUGCUGCUUGGUGUUGCCGCUGUGCAUUCAAUACCUGCUUCUGAUGGAGUGCGAUCGCGACGUGAUAGCACCACGCUUCCACAACCCGGUGUUUGUGGCGUGAGUUUAGCGGAUCGGAUCGUUGGCGGUACCAGGACGGCUAUUAACGCAUAUCCUUGGGCGUCAUUGUUGAUGGCCCAGCAUAAGCAAGGUGGUCAAGCAAUCCCAUUCUGCGGAGCAUCUUUGAUUUCGGAUCGUUUCGUCCUAUCCGCAGCCCACUGCUUCCCUGAACCGACCGAUAGCUUUAUAAUUGCAAAGGUUCGACUCGGUGAGUGGGAUAUUUUGAGCAAGAAAGAUUGCGAAGAAGAUUACUGUUCGGACAAUCCGAUUGAUGCACCGGUCGAAAGCCACGAGAUUCACAAAGACUACUCGGGUGAACCGGAUUUCCACAAUGACAUUGCCUUGGUCAAACUGGCAGACCCGGUGACCUUCACCGAGUUCAUCUCGCCGGUCUGUAUUCCGAUGGCGGAGAAGCUUCGAACCAAGUCGGAAAAUGGACGCAAGUUUACGGCCGUGGGGUGGGGCGAUAUCAAACACGAUGCCAAGAACAGAGACGUUCAAAUUGGCAACCGGUACAAGUUCGAGGUCAAGCUUCCUGGGGUGCCCCUAGCGACGUGUCGCAACGCGUAUCCCAACCUGAAGGAUACGGAAAUGUGUGCCGGUAAGACCGGUAAGGACACUUGCCAGGGCGAUUCUGGUGGUCCAUUGUCGAUCGCGGAAAACGAUGGCUACUGGUACCAGUACGGUGUGGUCAGCUAUGGAUAUGGUUGCGGCUUUAGAGGUUACCCGGGAGUGUACACUCGCGUCACUAGUUUUGUACCGUGGAUUAAGGACACAAUGAAGAAACUGAGCAAGACUUCCGGGAGACCUGUUUCAACUGGAAGUACAACGUCUGACUGGGAAUACCUAAUUCAUAUACUAAAUAACAUAUAUGUUGAUUAAGUUAAGCUGCUAUUCUCCUAUGUUAGGAGCCACAAAGUGAUACAAUAAUGUUGGUGCCUAAAUAAAAAUAUGUAACCGAG